AACGUGCUGCUUUUACAGUGGUGUUUCUGUUGUCAACCAUCUGCGCGGCAGGCGAUGCUGGAUCAGUGAUAAUAUGCCAUAACUGUGCACCUAAAACCAACGAAGCAGGCUUUGAGAUGAAUCGUCUGCGACUUUGCACCUCACGCUGAUCAAGCAGAAUCUUUGUGCUGGCCUGACUCGCGCGGAACCAGUAUCAAGCGGCUCCUGCAUGCUCUGAAGUGAUACGGCGUCCCAAGGUUAGUCCAUUGCGGCAAUGACGCCGGUAAUUCCUGCAAAUCUCCCAGCCUUGCUUAGUAAGUCGGCAAGCCUGGCAACGCUCAUCUCGAAUUCUUUUUCUCUGAAGACGGCUCGCCACCUCAAAUUCCACCUGAUAUACAUAUCCAGACGACCUAUCUCCCAGAACCAUCUGCACAUCAUCAAACCACAGAACCACCAUGUCAACAACUUCAGAGCCCCUCCCUCCGCUCUCAGCGGCGGACUUUAGGAUCUUCAACCGCCUCGCGGAGGAAAUGGAGUACUACCACAGCCGUUUCCGUGCUACUUGGGACGCAUUGUACGCCGGCACAGCCCCAGGGAAAUCCAAGUUAUCUCCAAUGCAAUUGAUCAACAUGGGCAUCCAAUUCUGUCAGCACCUCGAAGGUCACCACAACAUUGAAGAAGCCCACUGGUUUCCUUUCCUCGCUCAGAAAAUGGAAGGAUUCCGACCACGUCAUUUCGCAAAGGACCAACACAAGGAGAUCCACAAAGGCCUUGAAGCGCUCAUGCCGUAUCUGCUCGAGUGCAAGCGAGGAGAUCGAGAACUGCGCAGAGAAGAAGUGCGCACCAUCAUGGAUUUGUUCAGCGACGUCCUAUGGCGUCAUCUCGACGAAGAAGUGAAAGAACUCGAGGCGGAGAAUAUGAGGAAGUACUGGACAAAAGAAGAGAUGAGGAGGUUUCCAUUCUGAACGAUUCCAUACCUUGAAGUCGGACUAGACACACGGUACACCUCUACAGCGUUUCCACCGAGCGACAACAGCACGCCACAUCAUACCAG